AUGAUCCGCCAGGAUUUCAACCGCAUUGAUGCCAAGCGGCGCAAUGUUGUCGACUACCGAAAAAAGCAAUUUGCCGAUCCGCUGUACAAGGAGACGCAGUAUCCUCACCGUCUGAACUUCUACGCAACUCCGCCAACAGCCGAUAUCACUCUCGAGCAAUUCGAACAAUGGGCUAUUGACAGGCUGCGAAUUCUCGCCGAGUUGGAGGCAUGUUCGUUCCGCAACAAGACGCCCGCCGAAACGGCGGCGUACAUGAAGCCAUUAUUAGACAAGUACUUGCCGCUGGACGCCAACAGCUCCAGCAGCUCACAGCUGCACUCUCAGCGCCAAAAGGACCACUACAGCCACUUUAUCUUGCGUUUGGCAUUUUCCUCUACUGAGGAAUUGCGCCGUCGCUUCGCUCGCGUUGAGACCAUGCUAUUCCGCUUGCGAUUCCAGACAGACGAUUCUCGCGAGCGUGCCGCCUUCAUUCGUUCCCUUAACAUUGAAUGGGAGCCUGUCCUGGAGGAUGAAAAAGGAGAGCUUUCGCAGCAACUCAUCGUCACAGCAGGCUUUGGUUACGGCAAGAGGGCUCAGCAAGUCAUGGAUGAAGACUGGUAUAAAGUUGACUGGACGCGAGUUCCAGAUCUAAUCGAAGGGCGCAAAGUGUUCGUAAAGGCCGGCAAGGCCUAUGUACCUGGCCCUCUACAGCACAGCAUCAUCAUGAACGAGUUUACCAGGAGGUUGGAGCGCGCGCUAGAACUCACAGCCCGGGCACUUCCCCGGCUAGACGAAGAUGACCGACUGACGCCGAUCCUCAACCAUCUUUCCAAGAACUUCAUCGCCCCCGACUCGAGCUAUAGCGGUUCCGCAACUGCUGUCGAGGGUGCCGAAAUCUCAGCACGGAACAUCGAUAACCUGGCACAGCAUUUCCCCCUAUGCAUGCAGCACUUGCACAAUACUCUGCGUCGCGACUGUCAUUUGAAGCACUAUGGCCGUCUGCAGUAUACGCUGUUCCUUAAGGGCAUCGGCUUAAACUUAGAGGAGUGUUUGAUAUUUUGGCGUACGGCCUUCAAAAAAAUUAGUGACGACACCUUCAAUAAGGAGUACCGCUACAACGUGCGGCACGCUUACGGAGACGUUGGCGGUGACGCAAACCGCCGCUCCGGCGGUUAUAGCCCUUUCAGUUGCCAGAAGAUCCUGACCGAGCAUGCCCCUGGCCCCGGCGAGGCUCACGGUUGCCCGUUUCGCCACUUUAGCAUGGACAACCUGACUACACUGCUGCGUUCCGCUGGCGUUUCCGAUCGCGCGGUUCUGCAGGGUAUCCAGGAGGAUAAGGAGAGCCAGAAAUAUCAUAUGGCUUGUAACCGUGUCUUCGAGUACCUUCAUAAGACAGAGCUGAAACGUGCUAAGGAGGAAGGAAUUUUCACAGCCGUACAACUGGAGACUAUUGUGCACCCCAACGAGUACUUCAAGCGCAGCUAUCUACUCAAGAAUAUGAGCAAACAGCGCGACGUCAAAAUGGAGGGGUGA